AUGGCACCGAUCUACAGAAUAGCCUCAAUGCCAUUCAAUCGAGUUUGGACAAUUUCAUUUAAACGGACUGAGCAUAUUGAAAGACAUCAAGGAGCUGGUGAUGUUUCUGAUGCAAGCGAAGAUAGUCAAAAUGAGGAAUCCUCUGACCCUGCAUCAGCAAAAUCUUGCACCUCCUGCGUUCCCAACGCUAGGAAGUAUACCCGGAACCUCAUCUCCUACCUUAUGGAAAAGACCACCCUUUUGAAGCAAUAG